AUGGCCCUACCUGUACCCGAGCACACUGUCGACUUCACUCGCGAUGAUGCAGGCUCCUUUCACGAAGAUGAAUGGAUUGGAACCGGCAAAACCUACGACACACGUAUACUCCCGGACUACGUGACCGAUGCAAAAGCUCGCCUACUGAGCAUCCCAGCGGACUUCGUGGCCACACACCUGCCUUGGAAGAACGCACCGCUGCCAGUCACGCGUGUCCUAUCCCUGGCCAUCAUCCCUCGCCCGGAAUACAGCUUCGUCGCCCUCAGAGCAUCAUCAUUCUUCAGCAAAGACAAGCCCGGGGAGGUCGACCCGGUUACGCUCCUCAGUCGCUCGAUCCCAGCGGCAGACGUCUUGCUCAAAUACGAGAACUCCCUCGGCCAGGCAUGGCUGGAUGGUGCACGGUCGAUCGUCGACCAGCGGUACAAUGACGGACGCGAUCGGAUGCCGUUUUGGGUUAUUGGAGUGUGGCGGUUUUCGGCAGACGCGUCGUUGAAGAACAAGCGCUGGAGAGCCGCCCGCCAGUACUUGCAGGACUACUCGGGAUCGUCAGCAUACGCGAUACAGCUGCGGAACGACGCGCUCGCAGCGCUGGAUGUACUUCCCUUCGAUGUCUUGUGGCCAGAGCGACCAAUCGCCUCCACCAGCAUCCUGUCCAGCUUCCCGCAGACCGCGUGGCUUGGCGACGAGCAUAUUACCGCCAUGCUGAUCGUGCUGAAGGAGAGAUUAGUGUCGAAGGGCAUCAGCGACGUGCAGAUCGGCCCUUACAUGCUCGGGUUCUACAUCACCAAGUAUUGUGAGCGCGGGCCAGAACACUUGAAGCAUCUGGGACUAUACGAGAAGUUAGCGCAGACGAAGAAGCUACGUUUGCUGCUCUUUCCAACGCAUGUCAAUGACAAUCAUUGGAUCGCGGUGUACAUCGAUUUUGUGAAGCACGAAGUGGGAUAUGGUGACUCGCUCUCACAAAGCGGGUCUCUGGCGCCAACAGCGUUGAUGAAGAACAUCCUCAAGUGGCUGAAGGACACCUUGGGUAUCAGCGCGCGGCUCAAGGGAGACUCAUUGCCACGUACCAAGCAGGUCGACUCGUACAACUGCGGACUGUUCACCGUCAACACCAUUGCGCAUGCGGCACUCGGGGUACCCUUGCAUCGGUCGACCGAGGGCCAUGUUCACCGUCUUGAGUGGUUUCUUGUACUGGCGAAGCGAUGGUGCGCCGCGGUCAAGACCACUGUUGACAUCUGCGGAUCGUCAGACAGCAGUCGUGAUCAGUACAUGGAGCCGGUCACGACACCUUUGCGAUCGCAAGACCAGGACAUAGUCCAUGCGCAAUCACUUCCCAGCAGCAGCUCGGGCUUGACGACCGCGUCGACAUCUGGCUUCGCGGACAAUAUCCCCGAUGCCGCUUCAGAUGGCUCUUGUCAGGACACAUCGCUGGUGACCGAGAUGGCAGACGCACCAGUGCGCGUUAAUCUCCUCGAGUCGGAGCAGCCUGCCAGUGUCGCUCCUGCUGCAUCCGCUACUGGUGAACCUAGCCGAUCGCAUCUACCCACGGCCGUGCGAGCACCAAAGCGAGCUCGAGCGAGUUCCGACUCUGGCUCAGAGGGUUGGGACAGCGAACGCGAGACGAAGAAACGAAGGGUUCCUGCGGGCGAGGGAAAGAGCAAGUCUGCGAAGGCAGCGACCAAGUUGCGCCACGCCGUCAAGGACAAGAGGUUCAAAGUUGACGAGCACGCGUUGCAGAGAUGGAGGGAUCGUAGUAGGAAGGCCAAAGGAAAGAAAGCGAAGGCUCUCAACACGGCGCCUCUCACGUCGUACUUCAAGUUCGACUUCAGGGUGUUGCCUCAACCCCCCUCUGCCGAGUCACGACCCUCCCUCUCCUCCAGUCAUCCCUCCACUCCUGUUCAACCUCCGCUUCCUUCCGUCCAACCUCCCACCCCCGCACCAAGUCCGGUAGUGCGCAGUGUGCCACCAACAUCCUCAGCAUCUCCGUUGGCGCCUAGCGGCGAGCCCUGUCCCGGAAUCACCGAGGCUGAUGACCCGCGCGUACUACAAUACCUCUCGCGCACAUCGGAGGGCGGGGGAGGAGCGCCAUCUGUGAUCUCUAUUGGCCGGGACGAGCAUCCCGACGUGGAGUUCUUUCGGAACCUUGACUUUGAGCAGAAGCGUAGGAUAUACUUGCUGCAGAUGCACGCUCGCAAGUGGUUGAAUGAUCAUAGCAAUCUCCGCGUCUUCUCCCGCAACUGUUCAGGAGUCGCUGGCCCUCGAACUCACACCGGCUUGCAUCAUCUGCCAUGCGUGGAAUGCCGUAGCGUCUUCGCGUCUCGCGCCUUCAAGACUGCCAUCAACAAGCCGAUACCAACAGACGAGAACUACAUCUACGUGAACAAACGGUUCCGAAAUGCAGCAGUCGCCAAGAUCUAUGCACGUACGAUUGGGCUACGUUCAAUCAUUGAGCAGCCGGAUGCGAAGAACAGCAUGUAUAUUCGCUUUGCGAUUGCAUCCCUCGAGAAGAAGAUCAAGAACGAUGUCUUGCUCGGCCUUAUCCAGCCAGUCGUCACGAAGCUCGACCGGGAGGAGCGCGGUGUUGGGAUGCAGAACUUCAAGUAUGCGCCAGCGUGGGAGGAGGUCUGCAGUAUCGUCCAGAUGACUAGCAAGUCCGCCGCUCGGGCGCUGGGCAAAUAUCUACCGAUGCCCGCGCAACGCAGCUUCAACCGCAAGAUCGCACGACAACCUCGCUUCCCGAUGGAAAUCUGUGACGAGACUUUUGAGCUUGUUGUCAGUAUCUUGCGCUCGAUUGGCUAUUCGGGUCCUGUUAGCGUUGCCUGCGACGACACCAAACUGUUUGAUACGUGGCGUCUGUACUACGACUUGGUGACGAAGAAGUUCUAUCUUGUUGGUGGCACCGAUGGCCCCGUCCUCGUCACCAACCCCGAGAAGGUCCAGGAGCUCAUGGAUUCUUUGGCUGGCAAGAAAGCAAAGAAGGUGCGGGUGUGGACGCUAGUUGUCGAGUCUGCCCAGAAGAUCUGUCCGAUCAUCAUAGCCGCGCUCCCGAUCCCGUCCGAGAUGGACGAAGAACAGCUCUAUCCACACCUCGAGCGCAUCCUCCACGGAUUGUUGAGCCGCGGCAUCAACGUUGUCUCGUAUGCCUGUGAUGGGACUGAAGUGGAGCGCGCUCUUCAGCGUCGAGUGCUGACUGAGGCCGACUCGGUGAAGACCUACACAAUCUCGAACCCAUUGCAUGGUGCGCCCGACACUCUUAUCAAGAUCGCUAUUGUGCAAGGCCACCCCAUCGCGCUCGUCCAGGACUCGAAGCAUGCUCUCAAAACCUUCCGCAACAACCUCUUCUCGGGCGCGCGCUGCCUGGUCAUGGGAGGAUUCCUCGCCUGCUACGGAACCUUCCAUAACAUGGCAUUCGAAGACGGCUCACCAAUAUAUAAGCGCGAUGUUCUGCGACUGGAUCGCCAGGAUGACAAUGCUGCGGUGCGCCUAUUCUCGGCUGCUACACUGCAGCAUCUCUUUCAGAAACAUCCAGAACGACUUGGCGAGCUGGUAUACCUCUUCGUCUUUGGAGAACUCAUCGACGCCUACCAGAAUCGUGCCCUCGCGCACGAUGAGCGCAUCAAGAUGGUGCUCCGUGCGCGAUACUUCCUUGAUCAUUGGCACCUGUUCCUGCAGGUUGCUGGGUACAAAUCGACCACGAACUCGCCAUACUUCCUCUCGCGCGAGGCUGCGGACAUAGCGCGCAUGAUAAUCGAAGGAUAUCUCGCGCUCAUCUACAUCCAUCGUGACUUCAUGCCUAGCGACCGCCUCUAUCCAUUCCUACCCUGGCUUCACUCGAGCGAGGCGUGCGAGCACGUCUUUGGUUCCGCGCGACAGCUCAUCAAGGACUUCACAAUGCUGGACUUCUACUACAUGAUUCCCAAGCUGCGUAUCAAGAUCCGCCAGGCGAUCCUCCGAGGACUUUGCGGGUCGAGCAAAGCGACCGCUUCCGGGUACAACCACACGUACUUCGACACUACCAACAUCGAUGUCCUCGCCCUCUCCCGCUUUCCCGACGAUGCGGCCAUCGACGCGCUGGCCAUCGAGGCGUCGCAAGAGGCUGUAAGCCUCAUGAACCUCCUGGGUGUACGCCCCGAUCAGCUUCGAGGUGUACUGUCUCUGCCGCUAAGCCUUCCGGGCAUUGACAGCCUCCUUCCUCCGCGAUGCGACGCUAAGGAAGAUGAGCAGGAGGACGAAGGAUGCGGAGAGAGCCAGUCAGACGAGGACACGGAUGAAGAGCUCACCGACGCGGAAGCUCUGCGAGCCGCCAUUGAUUAUGCCGACGACGGAGGCCUGCCCGGUGCAGUGCAGCAGGAGAUCACGAGUAUGACGCAUGCCUCCAUUGCCCUGACUCUUGACGAGCAGAUUUCACUAUAUACAUUGCAUGCCGAGGACGACAAGUCGACUGAGGAGCUGCAUGAUGUCGAUGCAGAGGAGUUUCACUCCCUCCAGAUCGAACUCCCUGCGCUCCAGUUGCCUGAUUCGCGCUCGCAGAUCGUAUUCGGCACUCCAGGAGGAUAUGAGGCGCAAGAGCUCGAUCUCGACACCCUUGUCCGACUACGUCAAAAGCACCAAACCAAGCAAGCGGCGGAUGGCACGCGCACUCGUAGUGUGCCUGUUCAUGAUUCCGAGGUCGCGGAUGAUGAGCGCGCCUCCCUACGCGCACAAAUUUCCGAGCGGCUACGCGACUGCCUGCGACAAAAUAGCGAGAUCGUGCAGGGGACCGGGAAGGAGCGCCUCGCGCGGUGGACAGAGGGUGAUGGACAAGCCUCCGGAAAUGCAGCGAACGCUGCUGCAAUGGCGGAUGCCGUAGCCAAGAAGGUAUAG